AUGGGGCUGGUGUCGGCCCUGAGCAGAGCCCUGCGGGGCCGGAGGGGCCGGCGCAAAAACCGGGCCCAGCGGCCUGGGGCCGAGCAGCGGCCGGAGGAGCUGGUCAAGGCCCAGGAGUUUGCCCGCAGCAUCGGUGGUUUCACGCUGGGCCUGGCUUUGGCCAGCCUUUAUGGUGCUCUGGUGCUGCUGGUGCAGGGACACAAUGUCUGGUACUGCCUGAGCGUCACCGUCAUCAUGGGCGCGGCRCUGGGCCUGGGCAUGGCCUUCUCCAUGAAGACGCGGAUGAUCGUGCUGCUGGCCCUGCCGCAUUUCUUCACCAGGGAAGGGAAGAUGCUGAUCAUGGUGCUGGCGCUGUGCYUGACGGUGCAAGGCCCUGGCACCAACCUCAUGCACAACGUCUCCCAGAUGGCCAAGGCGCUGUCGUGUGGGGCAGAACUGGCUCAAAAUCAGACGGCCGAGCGGCUGCAACGUGCCAAGGAGCCGCUGCUGAACUUGCAGAAAAAAAUCAAGGACAUCGGCCAGAAUGCCAAGGUGGUGGCUGACCGUGUCCGCAAGUUCGUCCGUUCCAUCAUGGACUCCAUCAGACACGUCGCCCGGACCCUUCGCAAUGUCUGGCUGUGGUUGGGCAAGAUCGGCAACAUCUGCAACCGCGAGCUGGGGUCACCCCAGGGCAGCUGCAUGCGCUACAUGGACAAGGCCAAGGACAGAUGUGAGCGUGCYGUCGGCAUCUUCUUCCACAUCUGCUAUGUCGUCCACAGCUUCAAGAUCCUCUGCAAUAUGAUCCCCCUCUCCACAGUUGCUGCUGUCUUCUGCGUCAUCCCUCAGUACAUCCAGGCCUUCAUCCGGAGCAAUGUCGCAGUCCCCCUCACGGACGCCCUUAACCGUGUCCGUGCGGAGUUUGAGUUCAACAUCUCGGUCGUGCACCACUUCAACGUCAGCCUCAAUGCCAGCAAGAGCCUGGGGGAGGUGUCUGCAGACAUGAUGGAGGCUGUGCGGCGGCACAUGGAGCCCUACCACCGCGCCCUGGAGCUCUUCUCCUACCUCUCCUUCUUGGCUAUCCUCUACUUGUGGUACCAAGCGAUACGGUACCGACGUCGCUACCUGCGGGACGACACCUUCGACAACGUUUACAUCACCCGGCGCUUCGUGGAGAUGGACCUGCGGUGCGCAGAGCAGGGCAAACCCACCGUGCUGCCCCUGUCGGCACGGGAGAGGGGCCGAUACAUCCCCCCAGGUGCGCUGUGGCUGUCAAAAACGGAGCGACGCCAGUAUGGACUGCAGCUGUUUGCGUUCCUGCGCCAUGUGCUGCUGGGGUUCAGCAUCCUCYUGGCUGACUACACCAUCUUCUGGCUACUUGACCUGUUCCGGCACCAGCUGAGCGCCGAGAUCAUCGCCAGGGCACCAUCAACGAUGACCAUCAGCGUCAACGGGACRGGCUACACCAGUGAGAUCUUCCAGGAUCUGGUCUCUGCCUUCAAYGCGCUGCAGGAGGGCAAGGUCUCGGUGCUGUCCCAGAAAUGCCUCAUCGAGCCCGUGGAACCAGACCACAACACCCACAUCACCAUCGGAAUCCUGUACGGUGUCUGGCUYUUCAUCGCCGUCUUCGGCUCCUACAUGGCGCGUCUGCGCCGGGCAGUGUGUGCCUCCUACUUCCCAGCCCGUGAGCAGGAGCGCCUGGCCUUCCUCCACAACAUCAUCCGGGCACGGCGGGAAUGGGUGGUGUUUGCCCUGAGCCGAUCUGGCACACAGCGCAUGGCUGAUACUGGGAAAAGCAGGCUCUUCCUGAUCCUCAUCUCCAGGUUCCCUCUCCUUGUCCGCCUCUCUCGCAUGUUGGGCAUCCAGCGAAAGCACUGCCUGACCUGCGGGAUGGCAGAGAAAUCAGAUUUCACCGCCUGCAUCACACCCAACUGCAAAGGGCUGUUCUGCAGCGAGUGCUACAAAAACCUGAACAACACCUGCUCUGUCUGCAUGGCCCCCCUGAGCUACCCAGACUCUGGGGAUGAGGAGAUGGACUCCAGUGACGAGGAGAUGCCAGAGCUGGGUGCUGUGCAGUCACUGCGGGGAGGCGGGGAGGAGCAAGGGCAGCCCCUGCUGCAGCGCAUCAGGGACAGGAUAAAGGGCUGGAGAUUCCCGUUCAGAACGGCCACCGGGGUGCAAGAUCAGCCGGAGGAGGAGGAGGAGAGCGAGGCGUUGCUCUCCAAACGGGACUUAGACCAUGAUGAGCAGGCUGAGAGAAGGGACAGCAAGCUGCAGGAGGUGGUGGUCCAGCAGACAUCCAGCGCUGUGGAGUCAGGGGUUGGGACUGAGACACGUCGGAGGCAGAAACCCCCCAACUCAACCCUGAAGCGAGUGGUGGUCUUUCUCCUGCCUGGCCUGUGCAGCCGGUUCCUCUGGAGCCGGCCAGAUGAGUAUCGCUGCAGAAAAUUCUUCCUGGGCGCUGGCUUCGGGAUGCUCCUCGGCCUCGGACUCUGCCAGCUCCUCAUCAUGCCUCUGGACCUGCCGGAGKCACAGAGGCUGAAGCUCACCUGGACGCUGACAUUGAUUACUGCCUUGGGCUGGGCCACGUCCCCCCACUUCCGCUGUGCCAACCUGCUCAUGGUCCCCAAGUUCCUGGGCAAGGAGGGUCGGCUCUACGUUCUGUCCUUUGUCUUUGCUGCCAUCUACGCUGGGCCCGGUGCCAACCUCUGGCACAACCUGAUGGAGACCAAGCGCUCGAUGGAGUGCGUGGUGGAGCUGCAGAUCAACCACACGGGAGUUCUCUGGCAGGCAUCCACAGCCCCCCUGCGCCAAGUCAUGGAAGAGCUGGUGAAGAGCGGCGAGACUCUCAACACCGAGAUGCAGAACGUCUCGCACGCUUUUGUGGAGCUGAACGAGCAGGUGGCCAGCCAGGAGGGCUACGACCUGCGGCAGCGCCCGGACAACGGCACCCACCGGGGCCCCAGCACACAGGAGCUGUACGAGAAAAAGACCAAAUAUCGCUGUGCCGCUGUGAUCAAGAAGGGCCUGCAGCGCUGYGGAGACCAUUUUCAGAGAAUGCACGCGGCCUGCAUGCUGAGAGUGUCCGUGCCCAUCAUCAGCCACCUCAUCUGCAUGCCCAUGCAGUUUUCGUUCCUCUGCCGAUCGGUCGGACUCUUGAAGUACUGGUGUGAGGAGAGAAUCCCUGUGGAUGGGAAUUUYGGGCAGGUGUACGACCAGGUGAACACCUCUGUCAACAGCCUCGGCCAGGAAUUCAGCGCCAGCAUCGCCUACCAGGAGGAGCACCGGGAGAUGCUGGAGGGCGUCGAGGUAGCAGAGCAGCUGCGGGARGAGGUGACCUCGCAGCUGCGGGAGGAGGGCGUCCGCCUGGGCCUGGCCGUCUCCUUCUUCCGCCUGCUGCUAUCCUUCACCUUCCUUUUCGUCUUCCUCUCGGCUUUCUACUACACUUAUCAAUACUGUCACAACAUCGGCUUUGACAACUGCUACAUCACCACCUACUUCCGCCAGAUCGAUGCCCGGCGUGAAAAGCAGAACAAGCGGACGCUGCUGCCCCUGCUCCAGGAGGAAGCCUCGGCUUUCAUCUUCCCGUGCCACCCGGCYGUGCAGCGGCCUGAGAGGCACUGA